AUGUCGACAGUGAAUCGGCUGCGGUGCCUCGAGAAGCUCGGUGAGGGCACGUACGGCGUCGUCUACAAAGCAAAGGAGCUCGCCACGGGGCAGAUCGUCGCGUUCAAGCGCAUGAUAGUCAGCAGCGAGGAUGAGGGCGUGCCCGCGACCGCCAUCCGUGAGGUGUGUCUCCUCAAGGAGCUCCGGCACAAGAAUAUUGUGUGUUUCCAUGACGUGCUCUUCGAGCCGCCCAAGAUGACGCUUAUAUUCGAAUACUGCGAGUGUGACCUUAAGAAGUACAUGGAGCGCAAUCGCGGCAGCGUGAUACGUGAGGCGCCGCAGAUAUUGAAGCAGAUGCUCUUAGGGCUGCGCUACAUGCACCGUCGCAGCGUUGUGCAUCGCGACUUGAAGCCGGAGAACGUCCUCAUCAACAUUAAUCGCGUCGGACGAGGCGCGAAUAACGGCUCAACAGCAACUGUUAGGGGCGAUGGUGCUCCAGUGGCGAUACCACAGGGUCUUAGCAACGGUGCCAACCCCGCCCACAAUGCCGGGUCUAAUCGCGGCGCCUCGGUAGACCACAAUAACAAGGACAACAACAACAACGACGACGGCAGAAAACCCGCUGACAACGCCAGCGGCGAUGGAAGUGGAAACGAUGGCACUCAACUCGUGGUGAAGCUGGGCGAUUAUGGCUUGGCGCGGGUGGAGAACAUCCCGGUGAAGAAGUACUCCCACGACGUCGUGUCGCUGUGGUACCGGAGCCCAGAUGUGAUAAUGGGGUCGGCGCUCUACGGAUUUGCAGUGGACAUGUGGUCCAUCGGCUGCAUCUUUGUGGAGAUGUUCACCGGCAAGCCGCUGCUGAGCGGGCGCACCGACGUGGAUCAACUCGUCCGCAUUUUCCACCUGCUCGGUACACCCACACCGGAGACGUGGCCAUCAAUGAUGAGUUACCCGAAAGUCACACAAAUGAUUGAGGCGGCAACGGAGUUUGUGCGGGAGCAGCUACGGACGACGAGUGCCCAUCAACAACAGCAAGACUUCGUUGCUGCGCGGCGGCCGAAGAACGUCCAACAGGAGGCGACACGGCACAGCAGCAACGAGCCCAAUGCGGCUGGAGUCUCCGCGCACUCAUCGGACGGGGACACCAUCUGCAACAGCACUAUCAACCAAAACAAUAUUAAUAACGAAUCGAUGGAUCCUCCACGGAAGGAGUACAACUUCCGCCCCGAGUUACAGUUCCCGCCAGCGCUAGGUGAGUACUUGGAGGUGUCACACUUCCGUGAACGCGCCGGUGACGACGGCGUGGACUUGCUGCGGAAAUUACUUCAAUACGAGCCGUCGCAUCGGCUAACGGCGCACGAGGCGCUGUGUCACCCAUUCUUGAAGAACGUGACAGCGCCAGUGCAGCGGCCUAUCGAUGCGAUGCAAGCCCUCCUGCGGCAGUCACUGGAGGAACACGGCCUGCUGGACAUGUGUGACGCAUAA